CCGUUCCCCAAGAAAGCCCCUCCCUCUCUGGAUUAUCAUCGCCACAGGAAACACAACCAACACGAAACAAACCAAAAAAAUAUCGAGGCAUCACAUGCGAACUGCCCCGCAGAAUUCAAAUCCCCAACCAAUUCCCCGAGGGCCGGAAGAUUAGGAGAGCGAGGAGCUCGCUCCCGGAAUCCCUUCCCGAUCUGCCUUCCCCCGGCCGAAUCGAAGCUUCUUCGGCGCCGGCGCGGGGGGCGGGGGGAUGGAUCCGGAGCAGACGUUCCUGCGGGUGCACGCGCGGCUCUCCGGGAUGCUGUCCCAGCUGCUCACCCCGCGGAUCCGCCUCGCGCUCGAGUACCUCUACCUCGCCGGCGCCGUCGCGCUCUUCUGCCUGCUCGUCGUCAUGCACACCAACUUCGUGCAGCAGCCGGGCUGCUCAAGUGAGUUCACUGGGAUUGAAUUUGGUGAAGCACAACUAGUCCAAAUCAAGAUAAUCAGUGGUGGACUAUGGGCCAGCAAAGGUGCGUCUUAUAUUAUGGAUCUCCAGAACCUGGGGCGUUCAGCUGAGAAAAUUCUAGAGGUUAAUGGUGAUAAGUUCAAUGUUUUGGCAUCUAAGUUUUUGUCAACUUGGGUUGGUCCUGGAGCUAGAAGGAGUAAGAUUAUGUUUCGAACUUGGAAUGGACACAAAGAAUUUGAACCACAGUCAGAGAAUGCAGCUGACGCAAUUGUUACUGCAAUCAUUCCAGGGGUACCGGAAUUGAAGACAACCGGAGAGGGUUCUGUACAUCAUCCUUUAUCUGCUAAAGAAUCAAUCAAAGCAGCGGCUACAUACUUAUCCAGAAAGUGGUACUCUCGUGCUGCCUUAUUUUGGAGGAACAUAAAGCAGGUUUCAGAUAAUGCCCUCCAACUAAUGGUCAGAUCGAACUGGGAUGACUUCCUCCACCUCAUUAAGGAUCUUCAAUUACCAAGCAUGGAUCAUCUUCUUUCGAACAUUGUGAAGUGGUUUGAGAAAAGAAGCAAAUCGUUUGAGCCUACCUAUUUAUAUGGUGUGGAGAAGGGAUAUUUCUUGCUUUCUGAAGUAGCCAAAAAUAGUCAUGGUGUCCGAACUAUAAACAUCACAAUUUCUGCUCGAAAUCCUUGCUUUGGGAACAGGUGGCAGCAGCUUUUGAUAAACAGCAUUGUUGGUUAUGAUACUAUACUUACAAACAGCUUAGUGAAUUCUCCUGGCCAGGGUUAUCUAUAUAACUUUCAGACAAAGGAGCUUUAUGAUCUUAGUUAUGGGCAUGAACCGCCAACAGGCCCUACAAGAUUCGGAGAUUACUUUGUGACGAAAUGUGGUGUCCUUCUAAUGUCACUCUUUGUAUUCUUCACAACCACCAUGUCUGUUUCAUUUACCCUGAGGGAAACACAGUCCCGCAUGCUUAGGUUCACAGUGCAGCUUCAACACCAUGCACGCCACCAGCUGCCCACAUUUCAACUGAUAUUUGUGCAUGUCAUUGAAUCACUGGUUUUUGUUCCGAUCAUGAUUGGGAUCCUCUUUUUUCUGUUUGAGUUCUACGAUGACCAGUUGCUCGCAUUUCUUGUUCUGACUCUUGUGUGGUUAUGUGAGCUGUUCACGAUGAUCAGUGUGCGCACAUCUAUAUCAAUGCAGUUCUUUCCGCGCUUCUUCUUGUUGUAUUUCCUGGUUUUCCACAUCUACUUCUUCUCAUACACCUACGGCUUCUCGUACCUGGCUUUCUCUGCCACGGCAGCAUUCAUGCAGCAUCUAAUCCUGUACUUUUGGAAUCGUUUUGAGGUGCCAGCCCUCCAGAGAUUCAUCAGGAGCCGAGCUCAUAUCCACCAACAGACUGGUGUUCAGAUCACAUCCUCCACCAUCUACACUUCAACAUUACAUAUCGCGAGGGUAAACGUGAGGGACCCCGGCACGAUGAACGACGACGUUGGCGCAGCUCGUGAAGCGGAUCCCCUACUGGCCCAGGCCGAGCCGACGAGGAACCAACAAGAGGGGGGCCAGCAACUGAAUGAAAACGCUGAGGCGGCAGCCACCGACCCUCUCCAGUACGAAGAUCAAAAUCUCGAGCAAGCCGGCAACGCCCCCGCAGCCUCGGGCUCGUUGAACCCGUUCGGCUCCCUCUUGCUGUGGUUGUUAGGAGGCGGCGCUUCUGACGGCAUAGUUUCUUUCUUCUCCAUGUUCAGGGACGUCCGCGACCACCACCACGGUCAGGACUACGCCGAGCCGCCCCGAAACGAGAACGAGCAGGUGACAUAGAAACCAUGGAGAUGAAAACGAAGGCGGGCCAUAUAAAACGAUGAUGAAAUGCCGAGCCGCGGCGGGUGACUGGACCAAUGGAUGGUCCUGUGUUGUUAAGCUGAUGGUACUAACCCGCUCAUCAAAGGAUAAUGACGAAUAUGCAUGCAUGCAUAGCAGCUUGCGGACCGGCGUCGGCUGGAAAUGCUGCCAUGUUGUCUCCCAUACAUGUCUCUCUCUUUUUGGUUGUCGGGUAAGGCUGCAUGCUGAAUUGUGUCUAGCAGUAUGUGUAAAUUCCUGGUGCCGUCUGAGCCUUGUACAAAAACGCUCUUGAUAGUGAGUGUUGUGCGAUUCUUUUUGUACUCCAGUGGGUGAUAAAGAGGUGUAACAUGUGGUACUAGUAGUGCCGAAUGCUGUAGACGAAUGGAAUGACUUGUUGCACAUGUUGUCCGUCCCUA